GAAGGAGUGCCUGUGCCAGUGCAACGGGAGUGGCUCCGGCUCCUCUCAGCAGCACGCGGCCUGACUAAUGGACUGAAUGUAUGACUUAUUGGCUGACGGACGGACGGACUCACAAACUGAAUGACUGAUUGACGGACUGAAGGACUGAUGGACAAAGACAGACUGACUGAGUGACAGACUCACUGACGACUGAAGCCUGACCGAUGGACUGAUAGACUGAUGGACCGAGGGACUGAUGGACGGACUGACUCACGACUGAAGGACUGACGGACGGACUGACGGACUGACAGACGGUGUGAAGCACCGUGGUCUCCCGGACACACAUCCGGGACACUGCGCCCGGAGGCCGGCUCCGCGGGACACAGCGCGCUCCCAGCAUCCCCCUGGAUCUCUCCCGCAGACCGCUGGCACUAGUGUCUUCUCUUCUUCAGAAGACAGGGAAGAUUCGCAAGGGUCUGUGGCACCCUGGGGUGCAGCUAAGACCCGGGAUUCUAUGCCGCGUAACGCUGCCAGAGCCAGCAUCACAGGUUGAAUGAAUUUCUGCAACUACUUAUUAACUAUUUAAUAGAGGUAGAGGGGAAAAUACACUAUGGCUGACGAAAUUUUCAGCACAACUUUGGCAUAUACGAAGAGUCCAAAAGUUACCAAAAGAACUACUUUCCAGGAUGAGCUGAUAAGAGCAAUCAUAGCCCGCUCGGCCAGGCAGAGGAGUUCCGAAUACUCAGAUGACUUCGAGAGUGAUGUUGUUUCCUUAGGUGAUCUAUCUGAUACCUCAGUAGAUGAAAAUUCAGUUAAGAAAAAAAUAAAUGAUUUUCAUAUAUCAGAUGAUGAAGAAAAGAAUUCUCCACGACCAUCUUUUUUGAAAGCCAAGAAAUCAAACGGUGACAUAAGAGAUGAGCCAGAAGUUGCUGUCAAAAACUGUGAAGAAAGGGCACCUGAUGUUUGUGAGAAUACGGUUGCAGGUUCCUUCUCUGAAAUUCAAAAUAAUGAUCUAGAAGUCGAAAAAGAGAGAAUUAAAAUAAAACCGAAACCCAGAGUUCUUUCAGUCAAAAGCACCUCUUCAGCAGAAACUAGCAGCAGUCUUGAAGCAGACAGACACUUUAGGCCUUCACCUCGGCCAAGAAGUUUGUUAAGAAAGAGCAGCCACGUAGAGGAGAAGGAAGAAUCAGGAGAAGAGAAGGAAACUGCCCUCCGUGAGGACGUGGAUCAUGCACCUUCCUCCCUUCCCGAGCUGGGUGUCAGACAGCUGGAAGCUGAGAAAGACACAUCCUCUGCAGACCUUGGUCUUGAGCAACAGGAUCCCUUGUUUAGAAGCCCGUCAUCAUCACCCCUUGAAGAAAGCCUUGGAAGCUGCCUUCCGCCAGGACCCGAGGAGGAGACACUCAGAACAGUGCUGAUAUUCUUUCUCAAAAUAGAUCAGAAUGGAGAAGUCACUGAAAACUGUAAUUCCUGUAAAUUAAAUGAAAAUGAAGAAAAAGCAGUUUUGAUAGACUGUGUUGCUCCUGAAAUUGAAAAACCCAAUGAAAGGGAGGUAGCCAUUGAUGAUCUUGAAGAAGGCAAGGAGAAGGACGGGCCAGGGCUGGAAGAGGACUUCCCAGCUGCUCCCCGGCCGCUGAAAUCUCCCAGGACUGUCGGGCCGACCAGCACAACGGCACCUGCACAGAAAACAAUCGAAGACAGAAACACGAAGAGUAAAAAGUUGACAACUAACAGAGUCUCCAGUGCCUCUGCCAGGUUAAUGACUUCUGAGUUUGUGAAGAAACCCAGCUCUGCAAGGAGAACUCCAGGGCCAGCUGCCUCUUCACACUACCUAGGGACUUUGAAAGUCUUGGACCAGAAGCCUUCACAGAAGCAGAACCUGGAGCCUGACCGUGCAGAUCACAUAAGGGCAGCCGUUUACCAGAAGUGGUUAGAAAAGAAAAAUGUACAUUUACAUGAAAAGAACAGAAUAAAAAGGAUAGAAAGUGAAAAUUUAAGGAUCCAAAAUGAACAGAAAAGAGCUGCCAAGAGAGAAGAAGCGUUAGCAUCGUUUGAGGCCUGGAAAGCUAUGAAAGAAAAGGAAGCAAAGAAACUGGCUGCCAAAAGGAGGCUGGAGGAAGAACACAAGAGGAAAGCAGAAGAAGAGAACGCACUCCGGAAAGGAGAGGCGCUGCAGGCAUUUGAAAAAUGGAAAGAGAAAAAGAUGGAAUAUCUUAAAGAGAAAAAUAAAAAGGAGAAAGAAUAUGAAAAAGCAAAGAAACAGAAAGAAGAGGAAACCGUUGCUGAGAAAAAGAAAGAAAACUUAACCGCCGUUGAAAAAUGGAAUGAGAAGAAGGAAGCUUUCUUUAAGCAAAAAGAAAAAGAAAAAAUAAAUGAGAAAAGGAAGGAAGAACUGAAAAGAGCUAAGAAAAAUGAUAAAGAUAAGCAGGCCAUCAGUGAAUAUGGAAAGUGGCUGGAAAAGAAAGAAAAGCAGGAAAGAAUUGAGCGGAAACAUAAGAAGCAGCAUUCCUUUUUGGACAAUGACGCCCUGCCUCCGUGGAGCCCUCCAAGCAGAGCUGUGUUCUCAAAAGUGUUUUGAUAAUUUUAGUUCUUGUGUUAUUUAUCAAUUUACCAGUUUUAGCCAUCAGUUUAAAAGCCAUUUAUCCAAUCCCUUGUAGUUAUAAGAAUGUAUUGUAAGUAAAUUCUAGGCACUUACGCUGACAAUGUAAAAAAUAUUUUGGAAUUUAGUUGGGGAAAGUAUUUUUGCAACUGUAGAUAAACUGCCUCAAGUGAAAAGCUAAUCAUCAGACCGCACCUGCCAUUAAGGCCCAUAAAGAUUUAUUGUGCCCUGGUAACAUUCAGAGGGAGGUGAUCCAUGGUCACUGUGGCUGAACUCUGCAUGUUAUUGCUGUGUGUUUAAUCUCAAUUAUCAAAGGGGCCUCGCCUGGGUAUGCUAAUCCGCGCACUGAUUCAGCUUGUGCAUCAGGGUUUCCCUGAACGGUCCCUGGGUGGGAUGUUCCUAAUCGAGCUCAUGUGCCCUGCACUAGCUACCAUGUGGACCGCGGGAGCAGUAGCUCCACAGAACUGUGAUGUGCAGGCAUUUUAUCUAAGAAUGUUGCCUUAUGCUUUAAUGUGAAUGCACUUUAACUGUUCAGGCUUAAAUGACAAUCGUAGUCACUUUAUAAGUACCUCACUCCUGAAAUUUUUCUGUCUAAAUUCACCUCGCUUUGUUUACUAUUGCAGUGAUACCAAAAGACAUCAGUUUCCUGGUAGUGACACCCUGGUACAUUAGUUACGCAGAUCGCACAGGAGUGGAAGGCAUUGUUAUGCCCUUUUCUGCUCUAAAGCCAUGGGGUCAUUAUGACAGCACCCUUCCUAACUGACCCCGGGUGUCAUGGCUUACACUAGAAGUCAGCUGGACAGGAAAGUACAUUUGUAGAAAAUACCUGAAGAACCGUUAUUUAUUUACUUGAUCUGUCCAUGUCCUUGUAUUAACUGGACUCAUACUUGACCUGGUCAUCUACUUUAAAACAAAACAACUGUCUGCUCUCAGACUUGAAAUGCUGCUUCAGUCAGUAGAUAGUGGAUGAAGAGAAACAGUGCCUCUGUGUCGACCACCUCACUAUCUGAGCUGAGUCUUUACGAAUUACAUCUGUUCAGGGUAGGUGUUAUUAGCCGCAUUUUGCAGAUAGAAACACCAAGAAAACACUCAGAAAAACCAAGUAACUUGCCAUACCAGUGAUGCACAACAGGGUCUGGACCGGAUCUCGCUGACUGUCCGAGUGUGUGCACCUCUUCCUGGAACCUGCUCCCUGGGCUGCAGAGAUUCUGUCACCUGUCAGGACCUCUGCAUUCAUCAACGUGGCAAACAUACUGUAAUCGCAGAGUCCAAAAUCCUGUAUUGCUGUCCAGAGAUUUCUAUCCCAGAAGACACAGCUGCAGCACUAAACCUGUGAGCUGAAAUUUCAAGAGUUUGUAAGAUUUAAGAAGUUGUACAUCUUGCAUUGAGUAUAGGAUGACAGAAAACUCAUGAGAUUUCAGAUGAAUUUGAGGAGGCUUCACACAGCCUUUUGCUGCAGUACUUUACAAGAUAAGAUGUCAUAGAUUGCUGUAAGAUUGUACCGUGGAAAUAAGAGGGAGUUCAUCGAUAAAACUAGAAGCCUUUUUAUGCUGCCGGAACUAGGAGAACUCCUCAUGCAGUUGCAAUGGUUACUAGCGUUAGGCAGCAUCCACAUAAGAUUCCGGAGCUUUCUUAGUACUGUGUAUCUCUCAGGGUGCAGAACACAAGGCCUUCCCAGAGAGCUUGUCAGGUGUUUCUUACAGCGAGUUGAAUAUUCAGAGAUAAAAAUAUUUGCAAAUUCCAGAGAAAAAAUAUUUGCAAAUUCCAGAGAAAAACAGGAAAAGAUGCAAUACUUCUGGGAAAGAGGCCAUCAGUGUAUCAUAGAUUUCAUGUGAUGUACCUAAACUUCCUGAUCAUUUUCUUCUAUGUUAUUGUAUUGAGUAGCUUGCUAUUAUUAUUAAAUUGUGAGAAUUGGAUGGGUCAAUUAAGAUGAGAAGGACUUUGACACAACAUGAUGAGGAUUUAAUAAUCAUUGUUAUCAUUUACAUUUCCCUACCUGGUGACAGACCGUGGCCCCCUCCAAAGAAAGAGAAAUGCUGGCUUCUGAAUUUUGCUUCUGUGGUAAAAUGAAGGAGAAAUUAAAAUGUCUGCGAAGACAGCAAUAUUGCCCUCCAGUGGGAGCAGGGAUUUUUUUGUCCCUCAUGAUAAUGUGUGGCUUCCUCGUCACAGCCGCCCGUGCUCGCCUUGGCGCUGGUUACCUAGUUGAAUGAAAUCACAUCUCCUGGAGCAGGAGUGGAGAGCUGGGUGCAAACUGGUACUGUACAGUUGUUUACCUUCUACAGUCCAGAAUCUGAGCUCCAAAGGGGAGAACCAGACCUGGUGACAUCCUUGUGAAUGUAUUUAUCUGUUUAGGGGCUGUGGCUUUCCCAUAUUUCCUUAGACAGUGUAAAAUGUCAGUGUAGAUAUCUGCUCAAGUAUUCAUUAAUUUAUAAUAGAUGUUUCAUUCAGAUUAAGAACAGUACAAUCUUACCUAGUUUUGUAAAUUACAUGGAGCACUUGAAUGCUGAGAGUUGAAAGAAAAUACAAAUUUUACAUAUAUUUUUAAAGUCAGUGAAAAUUCCCUUUGAAGCAUAUUUGUUGGUAAGUUUAAAUAUUAAUAUGAAAUGUAAUCAAGGCCAUCUUAUUUAUACAUGUGCUCCCGUGGUACCAAACAAAGCCUGCCAGGGUAGAUUGUUAAGUAUCUUAUAUUGAAUUAGGUGUCCAAAGCUAAAAAGAUACUUUAUCUAUAUGUGGAAACCUUUACAUGAUAUUAAAGUUACAACAAAGAAAGUGGUAAUGUUACAUAAAUAAAAAGAACCAAUAUGCCACUUUAGAGCAUAAAAAAAGGUUUGUUUUUUUUAAAAAAAAUAACUUCAUGAAAUAACAAUAUUCUAGAGGUUUAUAUUUGUGUCAUAUUUUGAAAAUGUUGGUUCAUUUUUGGCUUAAAUUUUUUCAAAACUAGUAUUUCUGUCAUCAAAGCACUAUGUGACAGUAGUUAGAUACCCAGAGUUGCAUAUUAGUUAGUGUGCUCUAACUACACAUCUGAGUGAGAUUUUAAUGAUUUAAUAAAUCUGGUCAGAACUCUUGUUUAUAAUAAUGAACCAGUUUUCACCAGCUUUUGACUGCUCACACAUCAAGCAUUAAACUUUGGGAUUCACAGGCAUACCCUGCCCAUUAGUCUAGUUUGGUGAAACAUACCUCAAAUAAUAAUAAUCUGCCACAUCGUAGUUGUUAAUUUAACUGGUGGUGGUUCUCACGUCUGUUUUCUUUUCCCUCCACUGCGCCAUCCAUUGCUGUCCCCCAGAUCCAAGCCGUGUGCAUGCUGGCACUACUGUUUAAAACGCAGAAAACAGGGAAGUUCCUUAAAUCCCAAGUCAUGGGUUGGGAAACAGUAGGGAAAAGGACGUUUACAAAAGGGAACAAAGCACACAGUAGCCAGAAUUAUUCCCAAAAUAAGCUUGUACAGAAAACUCCAGGCUUCUGUAGCUUGACUUUGGCUCCCAUCUUAAUAGUUUAAUACAUUGAGAGCUAUUUAAACCCACAUCCUUCCAGUCCACACAAAAGAAAUAGAUUAUCAGCUCUGCAAGUUACACUGGUUCCUGGAAUAAUAAAAUGUUGCAUAAAUGCUGAACUGAAGGAUUCUCUGAGCUAUUUUACUUCAUAAUGUGAUCAUGUUUUUUUUGGAAUAUAUGUGUUAUAUGUCAUGUAUAAUGUUGAUUUAGGUAGAAAAAAUUCUUAGUGUUGGAUUAAUGAUGGUUCAGAAAGUAAUGAUGAAGGUGUAUUUGAUGUCUACUUUUAGGUAACAUGUUUUCAUGUAGUAAUUUAUUAAACUAUUAAACUAUUCAAGAUUUA